GCCUCCCCCGAAGGAUAAUCUUUAUACAAACCUCAUCGUUGUCCCUUUUUUUUAAUUUAGUUACUUAUCGAUUUCGCUUAUGGCUAUAGGCCGCUAUCGGAGACUGCGGCUUAUGGCCAUCACAACCACCGACGCUGCUCUCGAUUAGUUUUCUCCGCUUCUUCCAUAAAAGGCAGCAAGUAGGUCGUUGUGACUGGCAAACCUCGUCGCCGACGCGGCUGUGCGUAUUUUGUAAAAAUCGCGCCCAUCGGAUGCGCCAUGUUGUCGUACGUUAUGGUUUGGUAAAGAAACGACUCAAGCAAACGCGGGUCAGUGAUCGCUGAAGCCGCAUUGGAGCAGCUGGCGGAUUAGAGAGGUCCAUAUGGGCGACCCUGCCUCGGACAGAGCGCGGGCGGCCGAUUGUAUUGGGUGGGGACCCAAAGGGCAACAAUUUCCUUUACACCAACGGACACUAUGUCGUGAUCAGGGAUAUUCAGUUGCUUUUUCAUAUUCACAGAAUCCAUCCAUAUGCGACAUUUAUGCAGAGCACUCCACGGCGACAACUGUGGCAAAACAUUCGCCGAGCGGGUUCUAUAUCUGUUCGGCAGACUGCUCAGGGAAGAUCCGUAUUUGGGACACGGUGAACAGGGAGCACGUACUUAAAAAUGAGUUCCAGCCAUUUAUCGGUACCAUUAAAGAUCUUGCCUGGUCCCCGGAUAACCAGCGCAUCGUUGUUGUUGGAGAAGGCCGAGAAAGAUUUGGCCACGUUAUCGCUGCUGAGACGGGAACGUCCGUUGGUGAGAUCGGUGGACAUAGUGGGACCAUCAACUCGGUUGAUUUCCGGCCCUCACGCCCGUUCCGUAUUCUCACGGGUUCAGAAGAUAAUAUGGCAAACAUUUACGAGGGACCUCCAUUCAAGUACAAAACGUCACUUCAACAUCACAGCAAGUAUGUUCAAUCAGUGCGCUAUUCGCGGAACGGAAAGCUUUUCGCUACUGGAGGUUUCGAUGGCAAAAUCUUCAUCUACAACGCAGACACGUAUGAACUGAUCGGCGAAUGUGGCUCACCAGCGCACAAGGGCGGAGUGUAUGGCGUUUCAUGGUCUCCAGACGGCUCCCAGCUGCUGUCAUCUUCGGGCGACAAAUCCUGCAAAAUCUGGGACGUUGAAAGCCUUAAGGCAGUCACACAGUUCGUAAUGGGCACAGACGUGCUGGACCAGCAGGUAUCGUGCCUCUGGCAAGACGAACACCUGCUAUCGGUCGGUCUGUCUGGCUUCAUCUCGUACUUGGACAAGAACAACCCAGCUAAACCGCUUCGCGUUCUUAAAGGUCACAAUAAACCGAUUACAGCUAUGACAGUGUCAGAAGAUAAAUCCAAAAUCUAUACCGGAAGUCAUGAUGGUUUCGUCACCAGAUGGCAGUUGGCGACGGGAGAGCAGGACCGUGUAAAGGGUCAAUGCCAUACGAGCCAGGUACAAGACAUGUGCGUUAGUCCUGACAGCAUUUACACCUGUGGAUUUGAUGAUACCCUUCGCAAAAUUGAUCCCGUUGCCGAUGAAUACGCCCUCUGGACAGUGUCAGCUGAAUCGCAACCUCGCGGCAUUUCAACAGAUGGCCGUUUGAUAGCAGUGGCUGAACACCAGGACAUUGCAAUUAUCGAAGGCGAAAGUAAAAAAAUAGUUCAUCCUAUAAAGUAUGAGGCAUCAUGUAUUUCUAUCCACCCAGAGGGAAGCCACGUCGCCGUGGGAAGCUGCAGUGACAAUAAAGUACACGUGUAUGCGAUCACCCCGAAUGAGUUAGACGAGCGUGCGACAAUGGAGCACCGUGCGGCCAUCACGGACAUCAAGUAUUCCCCCCAAGGGAACCUUCUGGCCGCCUGCGAUGGGAAUCGUAUGAUACGCCUUUAUUCGGUUCAGGACAGCUAUGCCCCAGCCCAUGAUCUCGAUUGGUGCUUCCAUACCGCUAAAGUCAACUGUCUCGCAUGGGCGCCCAAUUCGUUGUUUCUUGCAUCUGGUAGUCUGGACACCUCAUUGAUUAUUUGGAGUGUGGAAAACCCGAUGAAGCAUCUAAUACUUAAAAAGGCCCACCCUCAAGCGCAGAUUACCAAAGUUGCUUGGAUCGACAACAGGACGAUCGUGUCAACGGGUCAGGAUAGCAACGUGAAGCUCUGGGAUAUACAACUCUAGCGACAAGGACCUAUGCAAAAGCCAACAAACUUGACAGCAUUGUCGAAAAUUCACAUAUAGAAGACUGAUGAAUGCUAACAAUCAUUUCGUUCGGGAAGCAAAAUGAAAAUAAAAUAAACGCGGCACUGCCAACCUC